AUGGUACCAGAAGGCAUUGGUGCGGGAAUAAAUGUUGUGAACCGUGUGGUGGUUCCACUUACAACAGUGGAUCUACUGCGAUCGAUUGAGAACGGCGUCCUCGAACAGAAAGAGGAAGUAGCGAUGAACACGCUCACAACGGUGGAGGAAUUUCGCGAGUUCAUCUUGACUGUUCACCCUAUUGUUGAUGGCAACGACCAGUACUAUCGCAACAACUCCUACAUGGUCUAUGAAGUAUAA